AUGCCGAAAAAGCCAGCAAAAACUGCCUUUUACUACUUCGCUUUAGAUUAUAAAGCAGAACAAGCGAAAAAGGGAAUUCAUUUACAGAACUUGGCGGAGGCGGUGGAAGCGGCAUCACCAGUAUGGACGUCUGCACAGCCAUCUGUCCGAGCGAAAUAUGAAGCAAAAGCAAAGGCAGAGAAGAACAAAAACAAUGUGCCCCAAAAAAAAUACACAUCUUAUGGCGUCCCAAUUAGUGAGAUUAUCAGACACGAACAAGAGCUAAAACAAGCUGAAGAAUAUGAAAAACAAGAUAUAAGCAAUCUCGUGGCAAUUAACAAGAUUUCUGGUGGUACACCAAACAUAGAUAUUUAUCUCAUGGAUGUGAAUUAUUAUUGCAAAAUAAAGGAGGACUAUUUAAUUGGAGAAAGCACAAUGUUAAGGUUCACUCUACAGGAUGGCUUAGAUGAAGUAUACCACGAGAUCAUUAAUCCUGGUGGCAUUCCAAUGGGCUAUGCAUAUGAUGUUAAACUCGGUUCUAAAGAAUUUGGAUUAGAAAUACCAGAUGAGACAAAGAAACCGAGUAAUUACAUGCAAAUUCUUGCCAAUAUCAUUGAAUACCUUAAGAAGAGCAACCCGAGUGUUGAUGUUUUGCCUCCAAUAUUUGUGAUGCCUGAUAAAGUGCCUAUUGUCUCAAAUUUUUUGUCUCAAAUGUGUAGACAGGCUGGGGAAGUGGAAUCGAUCUUCCGUGUGUACAGAUUGGACACUUUAUUAUACCACUUAGCCAAUGUCCAUGAAACAUUCAAGAAACAGAUUCCAACAGAGGCCAUUGCAUUGAGUAUGUUGAAGAAGGAUUUGUUCUUGUACACACCGCAAAUUGGAUGCGAUCACCACAACAGUAUAGAUAUGACCCAAGAGUGUUCGAAGUCGCGUGUGACCCGUCAAGCGUUCACCAUAAUGGACCAUUGCUGCUAUGGGUUUGCCAUUCAGCUCAAACUGGGAAAGCAUUUACCGGCUGAUGUAGAUUUGGAAGCAAUAAUGGAGAUGAAAGAGAAGAGGCAAGUUGAUCCUAUAUCUACGGUUGCGAAAAUGAGUGCCCUGUCGAUAAGCUGUAGUUCGCAAGCAUCUGCACCUGCAACUGCAACUGCGUCAAGCAGUGCCAAUACAUCUGUACUCUCACAAAACAAACGCGUCAUGACGCCGUUACGUAGACCUGUUGACUUACAAUACGCACUGCAACUUGCACCUGAUUUGGAUGAAAACUUUCCUUCUCUAUCGAGAUCAAUGGGUCGUGGAAAGAGCAGCGGCUCCAUCAACAGCCAAAGUAAAUUUAAGUAA